AUGAGUGAAGACUUUUCUGAAAACAAUGAAGGAAGUGUAGACAUCUGUACCGUAGAAGAAGAAGAAGAAAAGCUGAUUCACAGUAUUGCACCCCGACUUCCCAGCUCUCACAUACAUGCAAAAAAGGGUCUUCCUGUGACUGUGGAUGAAGGAAGAUUUUUGGAAAAACCACCUCUAUCUUACAUAGCCUUGAUUGCAAAGGCAAUUCUUUCUUCUCCUACAAAUAAGCUGAAUUUAGCUGCUAUCUACAAAUAUAUUGAAGAUAACUUUCCCUUUUACAGGAACAAAGGUGGAGGCUGGAGGAACAGUGUAAGGCAUAACCUUUCACUAAAUGAUUGUUUCAUCAAGGUGGGAAGAUGUGAAGAUGGCAAAGGAAACUACUGGAGUAUUCACCCCUCAAACUUAAAUGACUUUGUUCAUGGGGACUUCAGGCAACAUCGAAGGUCACGAAAGCGAGGGCAUCAAAAGGAGCUAGAGCACUGCCUUGCUGUGAAUUAUUUCAUGCCAUGGGGAUACUAUCCUUUCUGCCCAGCACCAAAUUGGCUUUACCAAACGCCUUAUUUUCUGGAUCCUCUGUGGAAAAUGCUGUAUGCUGAGAGACUGCCAUUUGUGCAUGAAUACCAAAAAUGCAAUGUAAACAGUGAUUUAAGCAUGCGGAAGUUUUCACCUCCACUACAGAGUGAUAAACCACCGAGCAUUACUGAAGACUUGUUUUAUGGAUUUCCUGCCACUUCAGUUAAGCAGCAGAAUAUUUUCUUAAAUAUUCAACAGGGUUUCCCUAAUUCCCUUUUAUUCUCCUCUCAAAAACAGCAGCAAAGUGAAGCAUUCAGGCACAUCUGUAAGUACUAG